AUGCGAGGUUUCAUGCGUGCCAUCGGCCUCGGAGGUCUCUUCCGUCGCUCCGCUAAUUCCACAGCCAAAGCCUCAACAGCAACCAACACGGCGGGCAGCUUCCGUGUGCUGACGCUCGAGCAGUUCCAGAAUUUGACGACGGUAGACAACUCGUCGGUCUUCGAGGCUCGUCGAAGCAGCUCCACCAACGAGCGCCCGCAGUUCCUCUUCUUCUGCGGAAGUGACAAUUCCGCGUACCCGUCGAGCGAACUCACCUCGCCCAACGGCAGCACGUUGGCGUCUCGUUUUGCAAGUAUGAAAGCCCCCACUCCUGUACAGCCGGUUAUCGACCACCACAUGCCCGUGUUCUUCAUGCCGCCACUGCCCCCCUCUCGCCCCUCUGUCGGGGUCGGAUUCGCAGGCUGCUAG